ACGAUACAGUGUAACAUCUGACCAAAUUUUUACCAUAACUUGUGAUAAUGCAAAAAAUAUGGUAAAAAUGGUGGACUUAUUUAAUAUAGUUGAACCUGAUACACAAGAAGAAGUAGAAAAUGACAAUGAUGAACCUCAGGAAUUGAAUGAAGGUAAAUGGCAAAUUUUGAGUAUUUUGAUAAAUAUACUUCAUGUAUUACUAUAAUGUGUAUUGAGAUUUAUGCAAUAUUUUAUUUAUUUUCAGAAGAUAAUAAUGGUAAUGAACUUCGGGCCAAUGAUUGUUUGGAGUUGGAAAAUUUGGUAACAGCUUCUAUUCUUGAUCAAUUUCCAAUGACUACUUGUGUACGGUGUGCUGUUCAUACAUUUCAACUGAGUGUAUAUGAUACUUUAAAAGAAAGAUCUAUAAGUGGUAUUUUAUCAAAAGCUAGAAAAGCAGCAAAGUCUCUGAGAACCCAGACGUAUUCAGCAUGGUUAAAAAAAGAAGGGUUAAAACAGGCAAUAUUAGAUAUUGAAACACGCUGGAACAGUACAUAUAACAUGCUAAAUAGACUUUUAGAACUAAGAACAUUCUGUAGUGUUAAUGCCAAAAAAUUAUUAAAUGAUCAUGAUUGGGAUUCAAUACAUAAUUUGGUAAGUAUAAUAUGAAUAGGUAAUACAAAUCACAAUAAAUGUUGAUCUAUAUAUAUAAUUAUUUCCUAAAUUCUAAGUCUAAA